AGAGUCCCGCGUGGUCUUUCACUUUUGCUGUUCAAAACUACCAAGGUGUUGAAGGGAAUUCCGAGGCUGGGACGACUUUGUUUGCGUUGGCAUGAUCGAGUUGACAGGCGUGGGCGCAGAAUAUCGCGUCAAAACUUUUAGCCUUUCUUUUCUGUAUGGCCCCACUCUGGUCUCGCACGCCGCCUUCAACAUGGCUUGAAUCGGCUUGACAUACAGCAAAGGACUCCGCCCUGUCCCUGUCGCCCAAGAAUUAAAUGUGUGAUAUGUAAUUAUAAGAAACCGUUGUCGCCUUCGCCCUUGCGAAACCUCGAGCGCAGCCAGACGCAGAGUCCAACUGUGGUAGCAUAGUGCGAUGAAAGUGGUUCUCUAGGAUAUGACGAUGCAACAACACCCUGCACAAAGUGCUGGCCCAAUUCAGGCAACAGGUAGCAAUUCCAACACUCAUAGAGUAUAUUGAUUCAUCGCUUGACAUGCUAUUUCUGUCCCAAACCACCAAUGCGACUCUCGUCAUUCGCCAGCCGCAUAUGCAACUAUCACAGCCGUAGCCCCGAUACCUGCAAAUAUCCACCCCGGACCAUGUUCUAAACUACAAUCAGCCCAUUCUACAUCUCAUCUAUAAUCCCACUUACACACUUAUACUCAUUCUACUCAUUCGCAACACAAACACUCCCUUUUCUUAACACAGACCGUAGCAGAGCCGAAGGAACACUUUCGAGAUGCGGAAAGGAAACCUGACACCCAAGACAAUCACGGCCCCGCUAGCGGCGUUCACGAUGGCAUGCAUCCUCUUCGCCUAUACCCGCUCGUCUAUCCGCUCAGCGCGUGAUCAGGCCAGAUACGGCAACAGCCCCAGAAGUCCUAGGUCACCAUCCUCGGAUUCCAGCCCCUCGUAGCACCGCGUAUGUGCUGAACGAACAAAGGCGUGCAUAGGACCGGUUGUUAUCUUCCGAAUUGCAUCCAUCUCACCAUGAGAUAGGAGGAUGAAGAGAAAGCGAAACUUUGCCGUUUCAUUUUUCUUGUCUUUUUACUGUUUUCCCGUGCUUUCUCAAUAGUCAAUACCCCUUAUUUCUGUCUGCAUUUGCUAGAUACCAACCAACACAGAACUUGCCGACUUUCUUUCUCUCAU